AGUCUCCCCUUAUUAUAAUAUCCUCUCUCUCCAUGUCGUGCGUAAACGUGUGCGCCACCCGAUUCAAUUUAAGUCCCACCCAAACAGACAGAAGCUGCUGCUGUUUUAGUCAGCCUGGUCAUCCUCGUGUAGUUUUGUGAUUCACUCAAGGAUAAGUUAAUCUUCUCCAUUCUGUAGAUUCUGGAUAACCUCCGCACCAUAUCUGUGUUUUCCCUUUUCUUUUACGCACCCCGUAAUGAGCGCAUCCACGUUUAAAAGGAUGAAGGUAACCUUUGGCUGUCUGGUGAUCGCAGCCGGCAUCUGCGGUAUCCUGAGCUUCGCGUUUUUGGCGACUUCCCUCGGAACAGAGUACUGGUACAUCAUAGAGAUGAAUCCUAUGAACAUCAGCGACUUUGAGGACAUGAGCUCUCACUCUGGACUGUGGAGCAUCCACGAAGGUGGGAAGAUGCACGCAGACUCCAUCGACUCUUUCACAACUGACUACUCCAGGUACUCUGAGACUGAGCUGCACAUGCUGAGCAUGCACAGUGCAAUCGUGGUCGUGCUUCCCUUCAGCCUGGUCCUGUUGCUGUUUGGUGGCAUCUGUGGACUAGUCAGCUCCCUGGCUCGGAGCCCUGUCCUCCUCACUGGCACAGCCUUGUACUUCUUCAUCUGCAGUCUGCUGACCCUGUGUGGUGUGACCCUCUACAUCAUCUACUCAUACCAGGCCCUGGCUGAGACGGAGAGGCUGGUGGGGCCGGAGGGUCUGGCCUCCAUUCACACCUCCUUCGGCUGGUCUCUGGGUCUGGCCUGGCUCUCUUACGGUCUGGAGCUUCUCAGUGGCAUACUGCUGCUCGUAGCUGCUCGAAUGGCUAAGCUGCAGCACAGCAGUCCCAUCAUGGCCUGACACAAACCUCCACCAGGAUUGAGAAUGAACUGUGCUGAACUGUACGUUUAUUGGCAGCCAUGUGGCUCUGCCCUGCUUUAGAGCAAGGUGACAAACAAUAGCUGCAUGGUACUAAUGCUUUGAAGGUUUUUAAAGAGUGUUUUAUGAGACUGAAUGUCCCCAGAUUAGACAUUCUGGUGAAUUACAGUAAGAGAAGUGGUGGACUACUCUGAGUUAAAUCUGACCAAUUACGUCCUCUUGUGGUGAGAACAGGUCAUGCACAGUCAGUGGUGAUUGUCAAACUGUAGUCUGUGCCAAACUAAACUGACAAGCUUACAAUUUAAGAUCAUUUCAUAUUACUUUAAAUCUAUAGAUAGAUGCAUAUCACAACAUUUCACAUACACACUGCCCCCCAUUUUUCAUGCAGAUUAAUGUCAUGUAAACUGUAACUGUUGUUUUUGAACGUUUACUGUCAGAACGUGCAUAUUUUUUUUUAUUGAAAAUGUGUUUGUUCCAUAUGACUGCUGCUUAUAAAACACUACACUACGGCACUGACUUACUGCUUGUGUUU